CACGAACUCUCUCCCUCGCAACCUUAAAUUCACGACGAGAACAACAUUUACAGAACCAACUAUAACGAUAAAAGAGAAAGCUCUCUUCUUUUCCUUAUUCCCACGCAAAGCCUGGACCUUUUGAAAGCUUGAGUAAGUUACCUCUUCUUUUGCUCCGUCAAUGGCGGCAACCACCGCAUCAUUUCCCCGGGUCGGCCUCUCCGUGUCUCAUCGGAACGCUGUGUUGUUUGCUCAACCACGUCUCUCCUUGACCUUACCCGCCAAUCCCACCUCCCUCAAGACCUUGAAAUUGAAGAAAACUGGGUCAUUUGUUCACGGGCUCGACCGCGUCUCUAGGAGGUCGAAGUCAUUUCUUAUUCGAUGUGAAGCUUCAAGCGGAAGGCAGAUUACCCAGCAAGAAUUUACUGAAAUGGCAUGGCAAGCCAUAGUUUCUUCACCAGAUGUGGCCAAGGAGAACAAGCACCAGAUAGUGGAAACAGAACAUCUCAUGAAGGCCCUCUUGGAACAGAAGAAUGGCCUUGCUCGCCGAAUCUUUUCCAAAAUUGGGGUUGAUAACACACGUUUGCUUGAGGCAACUGAUAAGUUUAUACAACGCCAGCCCAAGGUACUUGGUGAGUCAGCUGGUUCAAUGCUGGGACGUGAUUUGGAAGCCUUGAUCCAGCGAGCCAGAGAAUAUAAAAAAGAAUAUGGGGAUUCCUUUGUCUCUGUUGAGCAUUUGGUUCUUGGAUUCGCACAGGAUCAACGAUUUGGGAAGCAACUGUUUAAGGAUUUCCAAAUAUCUCAGCAGACUUUGAAAUCUGGAAUAGAAUCCAUCAGAGGACGGCAAUCAGUCAUUGACCAAGAUCCUGAAGGGAAGUAUGAGGCACUUGAAAAGUAUGGGAAAGAUUUAACUGCAAUGGCAAGAGAAGGAAAACUUGACCCAGUAAUAGGACGAGAUGAUGAAAUACGCAGAUGCAUCCAGAUUCUAUCAAGGCGAACUAAAAACAACCCCGUGCUAAUAGGUGAACCAGGUGUUGGAAAAACUGCAAUUUCGGAAGGGCUUGCCCAGAGAAUUGUGGAAGGGGAUGUACCUUCAGCUCUGAUGAACAGAAAGCUUAUAUCUUUGGACAUGGGGGCACUCAUAGCCGGGGCAAAAUAUCGAGGAGAAUUUGAAGAUAGACUGAAGGCUGUACUUAAGGAAGUAACAGAAUCGGAUGGCCAGAUUAUCCUGUUCAUUGAUGAGAUCCACACAGUUGUUGGGGCAGGUGCUACUAAUGGUGCAAUGGAUGCGGGAAAUCUAUUGAAGCCAAUGCUUGGUCGUGGGGAGUUGAGAUGUAUAGGUGCAACAACACUCGAUGAAUAUCGAAAAUAUAUUGAAAAAGAUCCGGCACUGGAGCGUCGUUUCCAGCAAGUUUAUGUUAAUCAGCCUUCAGUUGAGGAUACAAUCUCUAUCUUGCGUGGACUACGUGAAAGAUAUGAGCUGCAUCACGGAGUCCGCAUUUCUGACACUGCACUGGUUGCAGCUGCAGUUCUGUCUGAUCGUUACAUUAGCGGCCGCUUUCUACCUGACAAAGCUAUUGACCUUGUUGAUGAAGCAGCAGCUAAACUGAAGAUGGAAAUUAUCAAACCCACUGCACUUGAUGAGAUCAAUCGUGCAGUACUGAAACUCGAGAUGGAGAGGCUAUCACUUACAAAUGAUACAGACAAAGCUACAAAAGAUAGGCUGAACCGACUUGAUGCUGAGUUGUCAAUAUUAAAGGUGAAACAAGCCGAGCUGACUCAGCAGUGGGAGCAUGAGAAAUCUGUCAUGACUCGCAUCCAGUCAAUUAAAGAAGAGAUAGACAGAGUUAAUGUUGAGAUCCAGCAGGCAGAGCGGGAGUAUGAUCUCAAUCGUGCUGCAGAACUCAAAUAUGGGAGUUUGAACUCUUUGCAGCGUCAACUUGCUAGUGCUGAAAAAGAACUAGAUGAGUAUAUGAGUACUGGAAACUCUAUGCUGAGAGAAGAAGUUACAGAAAAUGAUAUUGCUGAAAUUGUGAGCAAAUGGACUGGUAUCCCUGUUUCCAAGCUUCAGCAGUCAGAGAGGGAAAAGCUUUUACAUUUGGAGGACAAGUUGCAUCAGCGUGUUGUGGGCCAAGACCCGGCAGUGAGAGCAGUUGCUGAGGCUAUUCAGCGUUCACGAGCUGGUCUGUCAGAUCCUCACCGACCAAUAGCUAGUUUCAUGUUUAUGGGCCCUACUGGUGUUGGGAAAACAGAGUUAGCUAAAGCUCUUGCAACCGACUUGUUUAACACAGAAGAGGCGCUUGUACGAAUUGAUAUGAGUGAAUAUAUGGAAAAGCAUGCAGUUGCGAGACUGAUUGGUGCACCACCUGGUUAUGUUGGAAAUGAGGAAGGAGCAUUGACAGAGACAGUUCGCAGGAGGCCUUAUGCGGUAAUUCUUUUCGAUGAAAUAGAAAAGGCCCAUUCAGAUGUAUUUAAUGUCUUCCUUCAGAUUUUGGAUGAUGGUCGAGUAACUGAUUCUCAGGGUCGCACUGUGAGUUUCACCAAUACAGUCAUCAUUAUGACUUCAAAUGUAGGUUCGCAGUAUAUACUGGAUACAGAUUAUGACACCUUGUCGAAGGAGGUAGCGUAUGAAACUAUGAAAACAAGAGUGAUGGAUGCCGCAAGAUCAAUAUUCCGCCCUGAGUUUAUGAACCGGGUCGAUGAGUAUAUUGUUUUCCAGCCUUUGGAUCGUGAUCAGAUUUGCAGCAUUGUUAGGUUGCAGUUGGAGCGACUCCAGAAGAGAAUUGGAGAUCGUAAAUUGAAAAUCAAGGUGACAGAUGCUGCCAUUCAGCUUCUUGCAAGUCUUGGAUACGACCCCAACUAUGGUGCUCGGCCAGUCAAGAGGGUUAUCCAGCAGAAUGUUGAGAAUGAACUUGCCAAAGGCAUAUUAAGAGGGGACUUCAAAGAGGAGGAUACUGUUUUGAUUGACACAGAAGUCUCAGCCUUUGCUAAUGGUCAGCUUCCCCAACAAAAGCUGGUGUUCACCAGACUUGAAACUCAGUCAGUUAAGCAAGCUACAGAAGGGCAAGAAGCUCUUUCCCAGAGUCUCUAAAUAUUGUAUUUAGCUUUACUUACCUGUUUAUAGGUUUCACAAGAAUUUUGCGGAGAAAGCAUUGUGUAUGUAUACAGUUACCAAAAGAAAUUAGAAGCUUGACAUUUGAUCUGGUCUCUCCCUUUCCGCUUCUUAAAAAUAAGAAGAUACUUGUCAUUUUCUUUCGAGGGGUUGUGACAUCUUGGUUGGGCUUACUUGUAAUAGACUUAGAACGAAGUCUGGUAUUUGGGAA